CGGAAGCGGGCGCAGCUGGGCGCUGGAGCCCGCGGUCGGGGCGUGUUUGCCGCGGCGCCCCCGGCGCCCUCUGGGCCAUGGCGCGGAACCUCGCGAGCUGGCUGGGCGGAUGCCUGCUGGCGUCAGCACUGGGGGUAGUGCCACCUCCUGAAAACAUCAGAAUGAAUUCAGUUAAUUUCAAGAACAUUCUACAGUGGGACUCGCCUGCUUUUCCCAAAGGGAACCUGACCUUUACAGCUCAGUACCAUAGUUAUAAGAAAUUCCAAGAAGUGUGCAGGAGCACAACCUCCACGGAAUGUGAUUUCUCAAGUCUUUCCAAGUAUGGUGACCACACCUUGCGAGUCAGAGCAGAGUUCACAGAUGAGCAUUCGGACUGGGUAAACAUCACUUUCUGCCCCGUGGAGGACACUGUUAUUGGACCUCCUCUAGUGCACAUAAAAGCACUUGCUAAUUCUCUACAGAUGCGUUUCUUAGCCCCUCAAAUUGAGAACGAACCCCAUACAUGGACCAUGAAGAAGAUUUAUGACUCAUGGGCUUAUCAUGUGCAAUACUGGAAAAAUGGCACUAAUAAAAAGUUUGAGGUCACUGUUCAGUAUGACUUUGAAGUCUUCAGGAACCUGGACCCAUGGACAACCUACUGCAUUCGAGCUCGAGGGUUUCUUCCUGAUCGGAACAAAACUGGGCGGUGGAGUGAGCCUGUGUGUGAACAGACAACCGAGGAUGAAACAACCCCCUCCUGGCUGGUAGCCAUCAUCCUCAUAGCCUCAGUCUUUGUGGCCUUUCUUGUGCUUCUGGGAUGCUUUGCCUUGCUGUGGUAUGUCUACAAGAAGACCAAGUACACCUUCUCACCUGGGAAUUCGCUUCCUCAGCACCUCAAAGAGUUUUUGGGCCACCCACACAACACACUUCUGUUUUUCUCCACCCCACUCUCUGAUGAGAGUGAAGUGUUUGACAAACUAAGUGUUAUUACAGAACACUUGGAAGACAACAAGCAGAAUGCUGGCGACAGUUGCAGCUUUGAGGCCCCGUCUGGACCAGGACCCCCAGAGCCACUUUUCAAGGAAGAAACCCACUUAAUGGAACACAGCGACUCCACUCCCCCCAUAUCUGCCCCAGAACGUGUUCAGCAUGACCACCUGAGCAAACACGAAAUCUACAGCUGUCAGACAGUGAACGUGUCCAAAAACUGAAGAAGUAGGUUGUAGCCAGGCAUGGUGGUGGUGCAUACUUAGAACCCUAGCACUC